UCCUGCCUGCAGGCAGACGCAAAGACAGCCUUUUCUCUUCUGGGGAAUCCACAUAGCCCGUUACUUGCCGCGGUGCUUCCUCUUCCCUGCUGAAGUUAGCUCCCGGGGCGCCGUCUGCCGGCCCGGAGCUAAGCCGGAGGGGGCGGGGAGACCGCUUGGUCGGGCCUGGGCUUUUUGCCUCGCGGCUUCGCGCGACCCUCCGGCCACUGCCCUGGGCGGCGUAGCCCUACGACCUUCCUGUCCCUUCCUGGAGCGUCGGGUCCGGGUGAGCGCUGCGGCCGGCCGUCCCCGGAGACUGGGAGGUCGAGUGUGUGGCGUGCACCCUUUUCCUUUCUUUUCCUCUCUAAAAGUCGGACGGCUUUGUGGCGCAUUCCGAGGCCGCGGAGCGCAGAAGGUGCUGAAAAAUGGCAGAAGAGGUGGUAGUGGUAGCCAAGUUUGAUUAUGUGGCCCAGCAAGAGCAAGAGCUGAACAUCAAGAAGAACGAGAGACUGUGGCUUCUGGAUGACUCGAAGUCCUGGUGGCGAGUUCGAAAUUCCAUGAAUAAAACGGGUUUUGUACCUUCUAACUAUGUGGAAAGGAAAAACAGUGCUCGGAAAGCAUCUAUCGUAAAAAACCUAAAAGAUACCUUAGAAUUUUGGCAUCAGUGGGCAGAACUGACUAGAACAUCCCAAACUGGGAUUUCAGCUAGGCAAGGCAUUGGAAAAGUGAAAAGAAAACCUAGUGUGCCGGAUUCUGCAUCUCCUGCUGAUGAUAGCUUUGUUGACCCCGGGGAACGUCUCUAUGACCUCAACAUGCCUGCUUAUGUAAAAUUUAACUAUAUGGCAGAGAGAGAGGAUGAAUUAUCAUUGAUAAAAGGGACGAAGGUGAUCGUUAUGGAGAAAUGCAGUGAUGGGUGGUGGCGGGGUAGCUACAAUGGACAAGUUGGAUGGUUCCCUUCAAACUAUGUGACUGAGGAAGGCGACAGUCCUUUGGGUGAUCAUGUGGGUUCUUUGUCAGAGAAGUUAGCAGCAGUCGUCAAUAACCUAAAUACUGGGCAAGUGUUACAUGUGGUUCAGGCUCUUUACCCAUUCAGCUCGUCCAAUGAUGAAGAACUUAAUUUUGAGAAAGGAGAUAUAAUGGAUGUUAUUGAAAAACCUGAAAAUGACCCCGAGUGGUGGAAAUGCAGGAAGAUCAAUGGAAUGGUUGGUCUGGUGCCAAAAAACUAUGUUACCAUUAUGCAGAAUAACCCAUUAACAUCAGGUUUGGAACCAUCGCCUCCACAGUGUGAUUACAUUAGGCCUUCACUUACUGGAAAGUUUGCUGGCAAUCCGUGGUAUUAUGGGAAAGUCACCAGGCACCAAGCAGAAAUGGCAUUAAAUGAAAGAGGGCAUGAAGGUGAUUUCCUCAUUCGUGAUAGUGAAUCUUCGCCAAAUGAUUUCUCAGUAUCACUAAAAGCGCAAGGGAAAAACAAGCAUUUUAAAGUACAACUAAAAGAGACUGUCUACUGCAUUGGGCAGCGUAAAUUCAGUACCAUGGAAGAACUUGUAGAACAUUACAAAAAGGCACCAAUUUUUACAAGUGAACAAGGAGAAAAAUUAUAUCUUAUCAAGCAUUUAUCAUGAUACUGCUGACCGAAGUGAACUGCUGUACAGUUGUAAUUCGUCAUGUAAUUGAAGACUGAGAAAACGUCAGUCCAGUUAUGCUUGACUGGAAAUUGCUGUUUCUAACUCUAUACGAGAAUUGACUAUAAUACAUAAAAUAUUUUUAUUAUAAUUCAGCCCAUAUAUAUAUAUACUACAUACAGCAAGUAUCUGCAUAGAGCAGUUCCUUAUCCUUGGUCUGGUUUAUUGUUUUCUUUGCUCUUCUCUUGCUUCUAAUAUUAAGGUUUUAUAUUUUGAAAAAAUGAUGCAAAUCAAAAGUCUUUAUAUGAAAGAAUGUCUUUAUCGUCUUUCCUUUGUUUUCUUGUAAGGGCACCACCUUAGUUACUUCUGCAGUGGUUUCUAUUCAUGUAAAAUUAUUAUAUCUAUUAUAUCAACAUAUACCAUAUGCUAAAAUAAAUUUCUUGGAGAGUUAAUCUUUUCUGUGACUAAAUAGCAAUAAUAAAUGGAAAAUUAGACAUUA